GUUUCUCGCACCAUAGUCAAAACGCCCACCCUCCUCCUCUCCUCCACCAUUAUCAGUCUCCUCCUGUGCGCUUGCCUGCCUGGCUGGCUGUCUCUGUCUCGUGUCUCCUGGCCUGUCUCUCUCCACGCAGAGGUCAAACCAAAAGCCGCACACACACCACCGCCGCAACGCACCGCUCGCUCUCCAAUGGCGUCUCCCUCUCCCCUUCAAAACGACCUUCCAUUCCUCCCACUUUUCCUCUCGUCGUAGUCGCAGGCCAGCCAGAGAGAAGGGAAGGUACAAAUACAAUACUCUUACAAUAGCAGUGUAUUGCGUGAGAGCUUUGAAGAGGCGAAUCUGCGAGUGCCGGUUCUAGCUUAUGGAGGGGAUGUGGAAAAAGGCCAAGAAAGCGUUGGGCGUCGGCCUCUGCGCGCACCUUCCCGCCGUCGCCGGUGACCGGGAGGAUGGCGCCAGUGAGCGGCGCGCAUCUGAUGCGUUCUCUCAGGACUACGUGGCGUUGGCGGCGGCGCACACGUCGGCGCCCAACACCCCGGUGCAGGCGGAGGCCGGCGCGCUCCGGAGAUGCAAGUCGGGGGCCAAGUCAUCCAAGAAAACUUGCGCGAUAUGCUUCGAUUCCAUGAAGCCAGGUCAUGGACAAGCCCUCUUCACUGCUGAAUGUUCUCACAUGUUCCAUUUUCACUGCAUCUCCUCCAGUGUAAAGCAUGGAAAUUAUGUAUGCCCAGUUUGUCGUGCCAAGUGGAAGGAGAUCCCGUUUAAUCGCUCGCUAUCUUCUAUCAUUCCUUGUGGAAGAAGUGGGUUGAACGUGAACCAAGCUCGAUUGCCCCAACAAGAUGCCUACAUGGCUCUUCUCCGCCAGGUUCCAAACCGCCAGCGGGAAACUGCUGCGUUGCAUACUUGUGAGCCAGUAGAGUUCAACGAUGAUGAACCUUUGCAGCAGAUGGAGGCUCCUCACAGUUGUGAUGUUAGAUCUAGUAGAACUGUGGAAAUGAAGGCAUAUCCGGAGUUCUCAGCCAUUCCACAGUCAUCAUCUCCAGAUGAUUUUGCUGUUCUGAUCCAUCUGAAGGCCCCAUGUGGUAACCCAGAGAAGGUCACAAGCAGAAUGGUUAAUGCAACCUCAGUUGGGUACCCUACAUCUCGUGCUCCUGUUGAUCUUGUUACCGUGCUUGAUGUUAGCGGCAGUAUGGCAGGAACCAAAUUGGCACUAUUGAAGCGAGCCAUGGGUUUUGUUAUUCAACAUCUUGGUCCAUCUGACCGCCUUUCAGUCAUUGCUUUCUCUUCUACUGCCAGAAGGUUGUUCCAUCUCCGGCGGAUGUCACACUCAGGGCGGCAGCAGGCCUUGCAGGCUGUCAACUCGCUUGGUGCUGGUGGUGGCACGAACAUUGCUGAUGCCCUUAAGAAAGCUGCUAAGGUCAUCGAGGAUCGCAGUUAUAAGAAUUCAGUAUGCAGCAUUAUUCUGUUGUCAGAUGGUCAAGAUACAUAUAAUAUUUCCUCAAACGUUAGAGGAACUCGGCCUGAUUAUAGGUCACUUGUUCCUUCUUCCAUUCUAAACCACACGGUAGGCAUAGUGCCUGUCCAUGGGUUCGGGUUUGGAGCAGACCAUGAUUCAGAUGCUUUGCACACAAUUGCCGAGGCUUCUGGUGGAACAUUUUCCUUUAUUGAGGAUGAAGGUGUGAUUCAGGAUGCGUUUGCUCAGUGUAUUGGUGGACUUCUUAGUGUUGUUGUUCAGGAUAUGCGGUUAACUGUGGAGUGUGCGCAUACUGGUGUUAAGCUUCGUUCCAUCAAAUCUGGUAGUUACUUGAGUAAGGUGGCUGGAGAUGGGCGAAAUGGGUCAAUUGAUGUUGGACAUCUUUAUGCUGAUGAGGAGAGGGACUUCUUGCUUUCCAUGAGCUUCCCACAGUCCCGAGAACAGAUCACACUUUUGAAGGUUGCAUUGUCCUAUAGAGAUCCGGUGACAAAUGAAGGUAUCAAGGUCCAAGGCGACGAGGUGAAGAUCCUGAGGCCAAAAUCACCCACAUCUGAACCUGUUUGCAUGGAGGUUGAUCGUGAGAGGAACCGAGUCCGUGCCGCCGAUUCUAUUGAGGCUGCUAGGGCUGCUGCUGAGAGAGGUGUCCUUUCUGAUGCAGUGGCUAUUCUUGAGGAGUGCCGAAGGAUAUUGUCGGAGUCCUAUUCAAGCAAGAAUGGGGACCGUUUAUGCAUGGCCCUUGAUGCAGAGCUGAGGGAGAUGCAGGAGAGGAUGGCUAACCGGCAACGUUACGAGGCUUCAGGGAGGGCAUAUCUGCUGUCUGGACUGAGCUCGCAUUCUUGGCAGAGAGCCACAACACGAGGUGACUCCACAGGCAGCAGUACAAUUGUGUACUCAUAUCAAACACCAUCUAUGGUUCAGAUGCUGCAACGCUCACAGAACCACUGCCCUUCACCUCAGGCCCCAAGGCCGCAGAUCAUCGUACCAACCAGAUCAUUCAUGCAGAAACCCCAGCCAAGGUAGAAGUCAGCUCACCGUUAUCUUGUGAAGCAAGCACAUGGAUGAUGGUGCCAGAAUGACAUUGUGGUCAUUGGUUAGUAGGUCAACAUGUGGUAGUUUAGUAUCCAUCUUUUGUUUUUCUUUGUUCAGGUCAUGGUGGUGGUAUACCGGAGAUGGUGAUGUGGGCUUGGAGGUAAAUAUGUUCUUGGGGUAUACUGGAGAAAGUGAUGGGGGUGUGAUAAAUACAUUGUGGGGGGUAUAUACUCCUAUGGUAUCAAGGAAUAAGGUUUGGAAAGUAAGUAGCAGGGAGGCUGGAGAAAUGCUAUAAAGGCUUCAAGGGACAAGGGGGGAGAGGGGUGUUGGUAGGUAGUUCAGUUUGUCACUAAGUUUCUUUGUUGAUGAACUCUUUCUUUUUGGUAUUUGGUAAUGUAGAUAAUGGUCUGGUCUGGGUGCCCAAGUAAGGGGAAUUUUUGAUUUUGUGGGGGUGCAAUGCAAUUCCAUGGAUCGAGCUCUUGUUUUGACUCGCUAUUUGUCAGUUUCUUGCAUCGCA